CGGCAUUCGCGCGGGGGAGGGGCCAAACACGUCAGAACGGAAGCGCCUUUCCAGUCGAGUAACUGCGAGCACUGCGGAAAGAGCAAUUCUACAGAGGGCGUGGUUGUUCUCUGUGAGGAGCUCUUGCUAUUGCCUUUGCUUUCGACUGGGCAUCAGAAAAGCGAUCAUAAUGGAAAGUGUGUACGUCUCUUAUGUGGAAGAUGCUGUGACAUUUUGGGGACAGGCGAUAAGCAGAAUACAUGAUAUUUCAGAACUGUCUGAUAAAUUGGACAGGACUUGCCCUACAAUGAACCCUGUUUUUGCAACUCCAGACCCUGAUAAGAUAUAUGGUGGAAUGUUUACAGCUGACAAGUGUUGGUAUAGAUGUAAGUUGCAGAAAAUGCUAAAUGAUGAUCAGUAUCUGGCAACAUAUAUUGACUAUGGAAAUUCAGAAGUUUUAAAUCGGUCUAGCAUUGUUGAGCUCCCUGAUGAUUUACAAUUUCCAGCUAUCGGUCAGAAGUAUCGACUCUGGGGACUUCAGCUACAGGAAUGUAGCAAGAUAGAACAGGGCCUGAAAUUUCUAAACCAACUAAUUGCUGACAAGAAAGUUUCUGUGCAGCAGAAAGUGACAAAUAAAGAUGGCACUAUAACUGGCCAAGUUUGGCAUGAAAACAUUGAUGUUGGGGAAGAGGUUGCAAAUAAAGGAUUUGCAGAAAAAUGCAAACAUGUGAGCAGUCCAGAAGUGAAAAAAGACCCUUCUGUAUGUGCUUUAAAAACACCUUCUCCAUGGGCUUCCAGAAAACUUGAAAAACCUCCCAUGCGUGAGCCAAAAACCUUACCGGUAUUAAACCAAAAUACCAUUAAUCAUAAAGAAUCAAACACCUGGAUGGAAGUUAACUGCCGCAACGGUUUCACUGGAGCAAGGGUACGGUCUCCUGAUGUAAAUUUUGGAAAUACAAAACAAGACUCCAGAUUAUUAGAAGAGAUUAAACUGUUGAAAAAUGAGAGAGAUUCUUUAAUAGGAAAAUCAAGUAGGCUUGAGUCUCAGAUCAACAAGCUACAAAUUGAUUUGCAGAAAGAAAAGGAGGUAUCUGAAGAAACUAUUCAUGACCUAGAAGGAAAUCUGCAGUCUGCAGUAGGAAACAAAUUAAAAAGUUUAGCAUCUAAAAUUGAAAUACUCAGAUCUGUAAGCAGUUCAAGAGAAGAAUCUCUAAAUGUGUUCAGGGCUGCUACCCACAGACGUGAAAAUGCAAAUGUGCACAGUGAAGAUGAUCUUUUGCAGGCCGUCAUAGUUGUGACAGAAGAUAAACUUGUAUCUCCAUCAUCGCUAAGUAAUCUAGAUGAAACAUGGGCAAAAUACAAUCUGGCACAGGAAACAAUCAAAUAUUGCUCAGAUGUAACGAAGCUCAGUUUGCUUAUUAAUGGAAGGGACAAUGUACAACAAGAAUUACUUUCAGCUGUAGACUGCUUUAUUCUUGAAGUGGAUGAAUUACCACUUGAUGCUCGUGCUACAGAUUUAGAGGCCUUGCUGUUAGCACUUGAAUCUGUUUAUGGAGCACCCUGUGACCGCAAAGAAACCGAUGCAGUGUUUGAUGACUUUCAUAAAUGGAAACAGGCCAAAAUGGAGCAAUUCACAUGUGUCAGAAAUGACACCGACAAUUCUCUUGGAACUCUGUCAUCUUGGUUUUGUAGCAUUAAAGAGUUUUUUGACUUGUCAUUGGAGACCUCAUUAGAAUCUUCUGAAGUCGUAGGAAACAUUGACGAAACAUUGGACCAAAUAGAGUCCCAUGUAUCCAAGGAACUGGAUGUCUCUUUGGUGGAACACGACAAAGCAGACAGGCAAAUUAUAAUACAUGCCUACAACAGGGUUGUACAGUGUAUUCAUGAGGAACUUCAUCUAAUCUCUCUUCUGGCAUCUAAGUAUUCAACUAGUACUGAAUUCAAAAAAAGCAUUGUUGAAUGGAUUCAUCGCAGUCCGAACAUCAAUCAACUGAUGUCCGUUAAGAAGACCAUCAAAGGAUUAAAAUCUCAGCUCCGGUGGAAGUUAGUUGAAAGAAGCAGUAUGGAAGAUUCUGAGGAAAGCAAUGAAACAAUUCUAGCAGAACUAAAGGAGGAAAUCAGAAUGCUGAGAAACACAAUUUUCUCUGAAAUAUUCAGAGAACAAGAAGAAUAUAGGACUCUUAGCAGUUUGGUCCAGAAGUGGUUUCCUGAACUGCCUCUAAUUCAUCCAGAAGCAGGAAUAUUAAACUAUAUGAAUUCUGGAGGUCUUUUGUCUGGUUCUGUAGAGCGGGAUCUUUUUGAUGCAGAACCAAUGAAGGAACUUAGUAGCAAGCGUCCACUUGUACGUGCAGAAAUUGAAAAUAGAAUGGUCUUGUUGAAGGGUUAUUCUGUUGGUGUGGACACAGAAGAAAAUGUGGUUGAAAGAGCUGCAAAAUAUAAACAAGUUUGGUCUAGCCUGAAAGAUGAUUCUGGAUUGAUGGAACUGAUAUGUCUCUUUUUCUGCAAGGCCGACCCACUUGUGUACCUGAUUGUUCCAUUUUAUCCUGAAGAGUCUCUGGGUGCUGUACAAGCAAAAAAUACUUUGACGUCUCAUGAAACACUGAAAGUGAUGAGCGGAGUUGCACACGGAUUGCAGAUUUUGCAUGCUGCUGGUAUCAUAGUUGGGGCCCUGCAUGAGAAUAACGUGUUUGCUGUUAAUCGGGAGAAAGGAAUAAUUGGCGACUUUGACUUUACCAGGGAUGCAAAUCAGCGUAGUUCCAUAACCAUGGUUGGGUUCCCUCACGUUACUGCCCCUGAAUUAAAACUCGGACACACUGCUACAGAAUCCUCAGAUAUGUAUGCCUAUGGGUGCCUUUUAUUGUGGCUUAGUUUAGGAGAUGCUAAAAUUACAAGGAAACAAGAUGGAACACCAGAUUUAAGUCAGCUUACCUUAGAUCCUAAAGUGAAAAGUCUGUUGUCUGGUCUUCUUUGUUGUGGAGAUCGCCUUCGUGCAGAAGAAGUCAAGGCCCAUGAAUAUUUUCAAGAAGCCUCUAUUUUGUGUUCUACAACCUCUGAUGAGUUAGGUGAAAAUACCCCAGCAGAUUUUGCUUAAGCAUUACACACACCCUCAAGCAAGAACUGUCUAGUAAAUCGGUAUUCUCAAAAAUUUCUUCUACUUGUAACUUGCAAUCUGAAAUGUUUUUUCAGUAUUUUCAUGUUUUCUUAGUCUAAGCAUAGGUUGUGUUUGUAUUUAAAAAUUCUGCUAUUUUCAGGCAGCACUGUAUGUUUUUCUUCAUUGUUUUCUGUUCCUUAAGAGAAACUCACCUCUCCCAUUAUUGUUGUAAGUUUGUUGCAAAAUGUAGAUGUGUGAACUAGUAACUACAUAUUGUGUAUGGGGUGGUAUACACACAUUAAAAAGGACAUUUUUAUGUUUAAUUGA